AUGCUGAAGCUGGUGGUGCUGUUGGGAGCUGUCGCGACAGCUGACGCAGAAAUAGUGAGAGAAAGAGAUAUGCGAGCUGGGAGAGGAAAGGCACAUGGAGGAGGAGAAGAGGAUUUUCAUCUCCUUCGCUUGUCAAGCUAUCGAAACAUUCACUGCCUCGAUGCUCUCCCCGCAUUUGUCGGGCUUCCAGACCUCAGCGACCUAGACAGUGUUGGGGGGCAUGCCUGCCAGACAGUCAAGGCAUGUCAGCAAUGCCGGUCAGCUGCUCGCAGUGCGAUUCUCUCGGGGCAGCGGAGGAUACGAGCAGACGUCCUGACGCCAGACUUUGAUAUGCUGAGUCGAGCAGGAUACGAUGAGGACGCGUUUCACGCACUGUGCGUGCAGCUGCUGGAAGAGGUCGGAGCUCUGGUGUCGCAGGAGAUUCGGGUGAUUUUCCAGAGCGAAGAGAGCAAGGAGAAGGCUCUUCGAUUCAUCGAGAGCAGGAAAGUCCAACUGCUGCCGUGCUGGGUCACUGACACUUCUCCAGCAACUCCAGUCUCCUUGGGGAAGCACAGAUGCUCAGGCCUCUUGGAGCAGCAGGCCGAUCAGAGAGGAGCGGUCGUGCUGAUCGCUCCCAGUAACUUCGGAGGGGCCAAAGUGACUUCCCAGGUGCGAAAGAUCCUGCAGAAUAGCGAGACCUCUGUGGUGCUGGUGCUGAACCAGUACCUUGACGCCCUCGGACCAGACGGGAGGUCUGUCGGGACCCUGCCCUACGAGAUGUUCACCAUGCACACCGCCUACUACCUUCAACCCUUCGCGUUGCAGGAGAGGGCUUUUUAUGAAAGAGAGCGGGCCGUGACCUCAAGACCAGCAGCCUCCAUGGUGGCUAAGCUUCUCCUCUUACGACAGACGCCUUCAGACUGGGCCUUCAUGGCCUUUGAGCCCGAGGACGCGAGCUACACGACCCUUAAGCGGUUCCGAACCAAACCAUCGGAGAAAACUUUACUAGACAUCUGCAAGGAAUUUGUGGCAAGUAGGGGCAAGCGAAGAGAGAGACAAGGGAGCGUGAACGCGAAGGACGCAGGCCUGGACGUGCCGAUGGAUGACAAACCAGCGGAGAUCGAUCCUCAGCUGCUCGAAUCCCUUGAGAGGAUGAUGAGAGAGGGUCGUGAGGACUAG